AUGGGUGGUGGUCUCCCUUCUCCUCCGCUGGAGGACAACAAGUCCCAAGGCUCAAGGAAAGGCUCAUCGAGCUCCAAGUCGAUCAAGCCCAACCGUCACACGUCAAAACGUGCCAGCCCACACAAUGCCACUGCGCAUCAUGAUCAUGCCGCUCACGGCAUGGCUGACGGACGCCACAAGAGGCAUGCUGUCUACAGCAUGCUCAGGAAUCAGCAACAAUGGGACCUCGGCGAACCAGAGCUCAACGAUGGGCGACAGCCAGUCAUCCACAACAUUGCUUCCAAGCUUGGUUGCAUACGCCCCAACAGCGAUAUCGAUCUCCCUGUUCAUUCGAUAUUCCCCGAAGACGAAGCUGGUCUGGCCGAGCUGGCGCGCCAGCUGGAAGAGCAGCAGCAAAAGGAACACGAGAUGGAGAAGUCGGUCAAGGUUGAGAUGGAGUCACGGUCGAGCUGCAACCUUUCUGACCGAUCGAGCUCGUCAGAGCUGGAUCACUCGGAUUUUGAGGCCGACUAUCGCAAACAGGUCUUCGGCAACAAUACGAACGUGACACUGUCACCGCAGAGCUUUGUCGGUGGCUACAACGAGUUUGAUGUCGACAGCGUGACAUCACCCGUCGAUGCUUCGGUCAUGUUUCCAGGGCCGCCGGCCGCCGUUGCAUCGUACGCCCCGCAGUGGGCCACGAGGCCGACAUCGAUGGAUCUCACGACGCAACAGUUCCUCCAACAGUCCGGGGCUCUCACGAAUAUGGACAUGCUCAAUCAGGGUCUUAUGGAAUCGGAAUUCGGCACCAUCAAGCCUCACAUGCUGUCAUGCCCGAACCCCGAGGUCAUGAUGGGCAUGGGGGAUCCCAUGAUGUACGGCGGCUACGACGCGGAAUCCAUGCGACUCUAA